AGUGCAGCCACUAGAGGGAGGAAACGUCUGAAUUACAAUCCGCGAUGCACAGAAAAGGACGAAUAACUUCCGGGUGUGACCGUGGGCUCCAGUGGUCGUGUUUUGCUAAAUUUGCAUGCUAUCAUGAAUUAACGCCGAACUGUCAACGCUGGAUCUGGUAAACAUCUUUAGGCGAGGUAGGCAGGCAGAGGCAGACAUGUAUGCCUCUGGGAAAUACAGCUCCCGGGGACCUGCUCUUAUCCCACGGAUGAAAACCAAGCACCGUAUAUACUACAUCACACUCUUUUCUGUGGUGUUGUUUGGCCUCAUCGCCACUGGGAUGUUUCAGUUCUGGCCUCACUCCAUUGAGUCCACCGCUGAUUGGACCGUAGACAAGCGCAGUGUUCAUGAUGCUCCCCUGAUGCGCCUCCAAGUCUCGAGUCCCAUUCCUGAAAGGGGAGACCUUAGCUGUCGCAUGCACACCUGUUUUGAUGUGUAUCGGUGUGGCUACAAUCCUAAGAACCGAAUCAAGGUUUACAUCUAUCCCCUGCAGAGAUUUGUUGAUGAACUUGGGGUUCCCAUCAGCAGCACUGGACUUUCGCGUGAAUAUAACGACCUUCUCAGCGCCAUUUCGGACAGCGACUUUUACACUGAUGAUGUCAACAGGGCUUGCCUUUUUGUCCCAUCAACCGAUGUUCUGAAUCAGAACUCCCUGCGAAUUAGAGAGACUGCCCAGGCUCUUGCAAUGCUACCUCGGUGGAACAAGGGGAUGAAUCAUCUACUUUUUAACAUGCUGCCAGGAGGCCCACCAGACUACAACACUGCUUUGGAUGUGCCCAGAGACAGAGCGCUCCUGGCUGGAGGCGGCUUCUCCACAUGGACGUACAGACAAGGUUACGAUGUCAGCAUCCCAGUUUACAGCCCCCUCUCUGCUGAUGUUGAGCUCCCCGAGAGACAGCCUGGACCUCGCCGCUACUUCAUCCUGUCAUCUCAAACAGCCAUUCACCGGGAGUACAGGGCUGAACUUGAACGCCUGAAGGAAGAAAAUGGCGAAGCUCUGCUUCUUUUGGAUAAGUGUAGCAAUCUCUCCCACGGAGCUGCCUCUGCUCGAAAGCGCUGUUACAAGGGACAAGUGUAUGACUACCCGCAGAUCCUGCAGGAAUCCUCCUUUUGUGUGGUGCUGAGAGGUGCACGUUUGGGUCAGGCUGCUCUUAGUGAGGUGCUCCAAGCCGGUUGUGUCCCUGUCAUCCUUGCUGACUCCUACAUUCUUCCUUUUUCUGAAGUUCUUGACUGGAAACGGGCAUCAGUGGUUAUCCCAGAAGAGAAGCUCUCGGAGAUGUAUACCAUCUUGAAGAGUAUUCCGCACAGACAAGUGGAGGAGAUGCAGAGACAGGCACGCUGGUUCUGGGAAGCCUAUUUCAGCUCCAUGAAGGCCAUUGGCCUGACGACGCUGCAGAUCAUUAAUGACCGCAUCUACCCAUAUGCUGCACAAACAUAUGAGCAGUGGAACAAUCCAACUGUUGUGAAGUGGUCCAGUGUGAACAGUCCCCUCUUCUUGCCACUUAUUCCACCAAGAGCGCCCGGGUUCACAGCAGUGGUGCUGACCUACGAUCGAGUCGACAGUCUUUUCCGAGUCAUCACAGAAAUUUCCAAAGUUCCUAGCUUGGCUAAGUUGCUGGUCGUGUGGAAUAACCAGAACAAGAGUCCUCCUGAGGAAUCUCUUUGGCCUAAGGUUGGUGUGCCUCUCAAAGUUGUGCGCACCAAAGAGAACAAGCUGAGUAACCGCUUUUUCCCCUAUGACGAGAUCGAGACUGAAGCUGUGUUGGCCAUCGAUGAUGACAUCAUCAUGUUGACAUCUGAUGAACUGCAGUUUGGCUAUGAGGUAUGGAGGGAGUUCCCUGACAGGCUUGUGGGUUACCCAGGGCGACUGCACCUGUGGGACCAUGAAAUGGGAAAGUGGAAAUACGAAUCGGAGUGGACCAACGAAGUCUCCAUGGUUCUAACGGGCGCUGCUUUUUACCAUAAGUACUUCAACUACUUGUACACGUACAAGAUGCCUGGAGACAUCAAGAACUGGGUCGAUGCACACAUGAACUGUGAAGAUAUCGCUAUGAACUUUCUCGUGGCCAACAUUACUGGCAAAGCCCCCAUAAAGGUGACCCCCAGAAAGAAGUUCAAGUGUCCUGAGUGCACCGCCAUCGAUGGGCUGUCCCUGGAUCAGACGCACAUGGUGGAGAGAUCGGAGUGCAUCAACAAAUUUGCAUCGGUUUUUGGCACCAUGCCUCUUAAAGUGGUGGAGCACCGGGCCGACCCGGUUCUCUACAAAGACGACUUCCCAGAGAAACUCAAGAGCUUCCCCAACAUCGGCAGCCUGUGACCAGCGUGCCGUUCAUGUUUGGAGCUCAUCACAGCUUUAGAAGAGACACGCUUGACUUUUCUGACAUCAUGUCUUCAUUUGUACGUUGGUUUUAUGUUCCCGUCAGUGAUUUUGCAUUUAAUUUAAAUUGUUUUUUUUUUUACACCUAAUGUUAAUCAUAAUUGAUCUGGGGUCCUCACUGAUAUUAUUAAGGGAUCAAGGCAUGUGUACAUAAGCAUAUCAAGAAUAAUUAGCAGUGCUAAUUUAUUAUUCCAUAGUUAACGUCUUCAAACAAUUGGGUGGACUGUACUGGGCAAAUGAAGUGGAAAAAGUCAUUCUUACCAAAUUGACUGUAUAGUUAAUGCUUCUAUGUUAGCUUCACACAAACAAGACAAGAUGUUCCCCGACUUAAAAAAGGUGCUCUCAAAAAUCUAAUAUUUAGAUUUUCUGUUGGUCACAGAGUUGUUGUCGAGCUGGAUUGUUUUCUGUGUAUGUGAUGGAAAAUUGCUUGUGUAUUUGACACAUUUUACAGAUCAAUAUACAGUGAUUCCUCAUUUGCCGUGGGGUUUACGUUCCAAAAAUGACCUACAAUAGGCGCAAAUCCACAAUGUAGAGAUUCACCGUUUAUGGAAGGGGCAUUGCGCUUCUGUUAAGGCUUUCAAGAUGAGGCUUCUCCAAAGUUUUUGUAAUGAGCUGAUCAUCUGAAUCGGGUGUGUUGGAUUAGGGAAACAUCUGAAACGGUCUUGAUCUGGGUUCUUGAAGAUUUGGGCCUCCCUGCUUUAGAACAUAAGAUGCGUUUGAAAUUAAUGUGCGGGCAGGACACUGUGAGUAGUGCAUGCGCAUCAGAUUGAAUUUCUGAGUGAAACCUUAACGUUCAUGUUUUCUCGGUUUUUGUAAAACAAAUUUGCCCUCCCAAAACGGUUUUUUUUUGACUGAUCCGACUUAGUCGGAAGAAUAAUAGCAAGACAACCUGCAAGACAGCAUGGUAAAACGGCAAUAGGUCAAGUUAUCGGUCACAAAUGAAAACCCGCAAUAGAGUGAAGUUGCGAUAACCAAACCUCCAAGUAACAUGAGUGACAUGUUCGAAUUUGUGUGUGCAAUUGUUGAUUCAAUGCUAUUUAUCCAGUUAAGUUUAUGUCUGGAUGUUCUUUCUAUCCUUUAUGGAUUAGAUGUUAAAGAUUUGAAGAUGUUGCAAUGCCUUGUUUUGUUUUGAUACCCGUAAGGCCAUUGUAGAACAUUUACAUUUGUGACUGAUUGUGUGUAAUCUUAACUUUUUAUGUAAAAUUAAAAUCUAAAACUCUCCAAAUAA